AUGGGAAACAUCAUCCAGUGCUGUCAUACACUGUCAGACUACUUUAAGUGUAAUGAUGUACCAAUCCGCAGUGAGGCAGAACGAUCCCCACUGCUUUCCAGCGAAGGGAGUGAAUGUGACUCCUCCACCCUGCCAGACAACCUGGAGGACGAUAUGCUAACCGUCUCCACCGGUGUGACAAACCCUGCCCUCGAACCGGAACACUUCCUGUUCCCUGACAUCAUCUUAAGCAGCAACCUCGGAGGGGACGUGGCUCUGGUGGAGCCGAUGGUGUGUCUGUUGGUGUCAGAGGAGGAGGAAGGAGGAGGAGGAGGUGAGAGGGUGAGGGUGGGUGUAGGACAAGAGAGAGGAAAUAGAGGGAGGAAUAGGGACUACACUGAGGUUGAGACACAAACUGAAGUGGAGACACAGAUUGGAAUGGGGGUACAGACACAGACCGGGUUCCAGACAGAAGUUCAGACGCAAACAGAAAUGCUGGUGCCCAGAAAUGAGACCGUGAAGAGAGAAGUAAAUACACUAAUAAAUACUGGCAUUGCAAAAGAGAUGGUUGGAAAUAUAUGGCAAGAUGAUGGAGCACUGAAACAGGUGGAUAUACUCCUGGAGGCAACAACAUCACACAAGAUACACUCAGAUAAUCAAUCACUUUUUGCAGAGCUGGAAGUUCCAGGAAAGGUGGAAAAACAUACGAAACAGGAGAGAAACACAUUGGUGUAUACUGGGGUAACAGAGGAGGGAAAAGCUGACGAAAAGCAGAAAACGAUACAAGAGAAUGUCUUUAAGUUGCAGCAGAGUACUGUUGCCGUCCAGGAAAAUACAGACUUUGCCUACAUAGAGCACCGCACUUCACUGCAGACACAAGAGGAGGUCAAGCAAAGAGAACAAAACAUUGAAUCAGAGCAUGCCUCAUUGAUGCUGACUGAACACGAUGUAAACAACAUGGAUGAGAACAUUGCUGCAGCGGAGAACAACACCGGCAUUGUGGAGAAUCUUGGCCGUGCUGUAGACCUGACACGACAACGUAUUCAGAAUAAUGAACGGAUGGAACAAGAGACUGUGGUGUCCCAUCAGAAUGUCAAUGAAAAGGACCAUAACAAUAUGUCAGCAGAUCAGAUUGAAACUGAGAAAAACUUACACCCUAAAAAGAGGGAAGAGGACCAUGACGCGCCUGGUCUGCAGCAUGUUUUGGAGUUGGAUACAGCUCUGCCACAGGUGGAGAAGGAAGAGGCUGAGAUGAAGAAUGUGACAUUGUUAUUAGUUGACAGGCUGUUUCUGGCAGCACCACAUGUCAAAGCAGCGCCUCCGAGACAAACUGAAGAAAGCCCUGAAAAUGAAGGCCUGGAGCAGUCUGAUGUUGAUCAAAUGAAGCAACUUAGCAUCCGUGACAUAGUUGAGCUCCAAGAGACGGGCUUCACUGUCAGGAUCCAACCUCCUGGAACAGAAAGUUUUGAGCUUCAGGUGUCAGGCCAGAUGCUGGUGGCGGAGCUGCAGCAGGUACUGAUGGAUCAUGAGCUAACCUGCCACCGCACAUGCUUCUCCCUCCAGCUGGGAGGCGCCGUCCUCGAAAGCCUCACAGAGUUACGCUCCAUUCAGGGCAUCCAGGAAGGAGGGCUGAUCAAAGUGGUGGAGGAUUCUUACUCUGUGCGUGAUGCUCGUCUUCAUCUCAGACAUGUCCGUGACCUUCUGAGGAGUCUUGACCCCACAGAUGCGUACAACGGAGUGAACGGCAGCUCUCUGUCUUACCUCACCUUCUACACCCGAGGAGAAAAAGAUAGUGAAAGUGUGGGGAAGAGGCGAGCUGCUGAAAAGGAGUCUGUUGACUGCAGCCCUCCAGAAUACAUCCUCCCUGGAUACAAAGAUCGACUGCUUACUCCGCUGCAGCCAGUCAGAGGUGACUGGAAGCCGUUACAGUGCCUGAGGGUCCUGACUAUGAGUAGCUGGAACCCUCCUCCUGGAAACAGGAAGAUGCAUGGGGACUUAAUGUACCUCAAUGUCCUGACUAUGGAAGACAAAGAACUCAACAUUACAUCCUCAACACGUGGCUUCUACCUCAACCAGUCCACUAGCUUCAACUUCAAUCCUAAACCUGCAGUUCCCAAAAUCCUUUGCCACUCUCUUGUUGAACUGUUGAGUCAGGUCAGCCCUGCCUUCAGGAAAAACUUCAGUGCCCUGCAGAAGAAAAGAGUCCAGCAGCAUCCUUAUGAGCGAAUCGCAGCCCCUUUCCAGGUGUUCAACUGGAUUGCCCCUCAUGGAGACCACACCCUUGACUGUGUCAGAGCAGAGGAGACACACACCAGUCGCAUGGGCCAGGACGAGCACACAGCCGGGCAGAACCGAGAGUGGAAUGAGGAGCUGCAGGGAUGCAAGGAACUCCCCAGAAGCUCUCUUGAGGAGCGUCUGCACAGAGAGAGGAUCUUAUUCAAGACCAACAGUGACUUUGUUGCUGCUGUGACACGAGGUGCCAUAGCAGUUAUCGACGGUAACGUCAUGCCGUUAAACCCAGCGGAGGCACCUCAUAUGCAGAUGUUCAUCUGGAACAACCUCUUCUUCAGCCUCGGGUUUGACAUUUCUGAGCACUACCGGCCACUAGGGGGCAACACUGCAGCUCAUGCUGCUGGCAUCUGUGACCUCAGAGGAGCACAGGCAUACACAUCUGUCGACAUAGAAGGGCUACACUUACUUGGGACAGCUGUGGUGGAUUAUCGUGGUAUCCGUGUCAUCGCUCAGACGAUCGUUCCUGGCAUACUGGAGAAAAAUCAGGAGCAGAAUGUCGUCUACGGCUCUAAUGACUAUGGAAAAACUGUGUUUACACACCCCAGGUUUCUGGAGCUUCUGGAUAAAACCAGUAAACCACUGAGAAUCCAACGUCACCAGGUGCUCGACCACAAUGACAGCUCAGUGGAGCUUUGCUCUGGCAUCGAGACCAAAGGCAUCAUGGGUAAUGACGGUAGACCCUACAUUAUGGACCUUCUCCGGACCUUUCCCCCAGACCUUAAUUUCCAGUUCUCAGAGACGGAGGAGAGGAGAGAGGAGGUGCCAAAGGAAUGUCAGAGCUUUGGUUACCCACAGCGUCAUCCUCACAGCCUGGCCAGCCUGAGACCGGAGCUGAUCGAGGCCUUCGUCCAACACAGGUAUGAAGUUUAUGUCAAGAUGGUGUCUGAGGGGCUCAAACAGCUGGAGGAACGUCCUGAGAUGAUUCAGGAUAAGGAUGCAGGGCAGAGCGAUGAACCAGUCGAUGAACCGAGAGCUGGAGAUACAGCUGCAGCAGGAGCUGACAUGGAAUUUCACAGGAGAAAUGUGAUCAUUAAAGCUUGUAAAGCUGUCGGAUCAGUGAGCGACACUUGCUUUGACAUUCGCUUCAACCCUGAUGUUUGCUCUCCAGGUGUUUGUUUCCCCUCUGAGUGUGCUGAGGAGGUGCAGAGGCAGACACAGCUCUUAUGGGAUGCGGCUGCUUUUCUACUUUCUACUCAGAUUCCAGCUGUGGUGAGGGACUGUCUCGACCACAUGGUGGUGCCGAUGGAUGGCGCGACCCUGACCUCAGUGCUGCACCAGCGGGGUGUGAAUGUACGUUACCUGGCAACACUGUUGAUGGAGAUGGACAGGAUGGAGGAAGGAGACAGACUCAAACACAUACAGAGGAUUUCUAUUGGUGAAGUCAUCAUCCGAAGUGCCAAACACAUCUUCAGGACCUAUCUGCAGGAUGUGGCGCCUGCUGCUUUCUCCGCGGCUGUCAGCCACUUCUUAAACUGCCUCCUGAGCUCCACCGCCUGUUUCCCCGACUCGAGCUCAGACGAGCUGCUCACUCGUCGCAGGAGCCGACGACGGCGUAGCCACGGGAGUCGAGUCGCCAUGUUGACAGACAGUGUGUGGGCUAAAAUGACCCCCAGUGAGCUGUGGGGAAAGAUCAAGACUGAGGCUGGACAUUAUUAUCACUACACCAUCGAUGGUGAUAGUAUGGAUGAGGUUAUAGGGAAGUACAGCUUUCAGAGGAUCUCCCUACUGAGAGAGAUGGCCCUCAAGACUGGGAUCCAGGUGCAGUUGAGGGAGUACGCGUUUGAGUCUCGACACAGGCCGGCGUUUAGUGAGGAAGACGUCGUCAACAUGUUUCCUGUGGUCAAACAUCUCCAACCUACAGCAACGGAUGCCACGCUCCUUGUACAAAAUGCACAGGUGGCAGUGCAGCAGGGGCUUCUCAAAGAGGGCUAUGAAUUAAUUAGCCAGGCCCUGACUCUGUUCAGCAGCGUGUGUGGGGUCCUUCAUGAGGAUGUGUGCAUGUGCCUGCGUCUGCUGGGACGGCUCAGCUACAUCUUGGGAGAUUACGCAGAUGCCCUGAGCCACCAGGAAAAGGCUGUCAUGAGUAGUGAGAGAGUACAAGGAAUAGACCACCCACAGACUAUACAAGACUAUACUUUCUUGGCCCUGUACUGCUUUGCUGGAGGUCGGCCGUCAACCUCCCUGCAGCUGCUGUAUCGUGCUCGGUACCUCGCCCUGCUUGUGAGCGGAGAAGAUCAUCCACAGGUCGCUGUGCUGGAUAGUAUGCUGGGUCUAGUACUUCAUGGACUGAUGGAGUAUGAGGUUUCCCUGAAGUUCCUACAAAAUGCCUUCAUUUUAACGUCAAAAUACCACGGUGCCACAUCCCUGAAGAAUGCACACAGUCAUCAUCUGCUCGCCACCGUGUACGAGAGUAAAGGAGAGUUUCGAUCGGCUCUGCAACACGAGAAAGAAGCUUACUCAAUAUAUAAGAGCCAGGUUGGCGAGAACCAUGACAGUACGAAGGAAAGCUCAGAGUACCUGAAGAGCCUCACUCAGCAAGCUGUGAUCCUUCAGAAAGCCAUCAACAGUAUCUACAGUAACACACCCAGUGCCUGUAUUCCACCUCCAAAGUUUUCCAUACCAAGCCUUCCUAAAAUCCUUCAGCAGCUCAACCUGACCUGUGGGAUAAUCCUCAUUCCUCUCAGUGAAAAAGAAAUCGCAGACCUGAGGAUUCAGUUGAAGGGGAAGGAAAAGGUUCAAGUGAAAGAGCUGGAAAAUCAGUUAUUCAAGCAAAACGAUGUAAUAACUUCAGACAACAGACAACACCUGACUAUGGACUUGGAUGCACAGUGA